AACUGAUGACUGUGACAUCACACAUGUGUGACUCUUGGCUGCCCCGCGCCGGAAUGUAAUACGACUGCAAUUUUAUCAGUUACUUCUGCAGCAUUGGAGCGCAAUCCGCAAGUAACGUUUUCUUGGUUCUAAAACAUAAAAAAACAAAAACAAAACACAACUUGCAUGAUGUGACAAAUCCACCGCUCGAAUCGUCACCGUGUGGUCACGUGAGACGCUCCAACAGGAAGUACAACACUCGCUUCCGCAUUGAAGAGUUCGCGCACGUUUUUCACCAGCGUGCGGUUUGUUUGUUUGUUUGUUGUUUAAACGGCGAGCUAAAAGUUGGCUCACUGAAAACCGGCUGUUCUUCGGUGUCCUCCUUUGUGUCGGUGAGAUGAGUCCACUGUGUGAGUGCUGCGGUGAGCGCAUUAAUCAGCUGAAUCAGCAGGUUUCUGUGAUGAGAAAAGAAAUCAAGAACCUGAGGCAGAUGCUGGACAGUGCAGUCAGAGCUCAUCGCAAGCAUAUGGGAUCCAUUCAGUCUGCUGUGGCAAAGUUUGGUCACUGUGAGCCUGAUAAAGCCCAGACACCACCACCACCGCCUUCUCCAGCAUCAUCACAGGCUGCACUGGAGAAAGGAAACAUCCAGACAGCCCCGAUUGGUUACAUCAGUUCCUGUUUCUCUGUGAAGAAUGCGACCCCCAGACAGCCCACCAUUUGUGGCCCCUCAAGGGCCGAACUGCGCAUCCAGCAGAGUGUCUUCAAUAACCCUGAGCAUGCUCUGUUAGGCCUGGAACACUACUCCCAUGUGUGGAUCAUUUUUGUCUUCCACAAAAAUGGGCACCUGAAUUACAAAGCCAAAGUGAAACCUCCCAGACUGAACGGUCAGAGAGUUGGUGUGUACUCAACGCGCAGUCCGCAUCGACCAAAUGCAUUGGGCCUAACUCUCGCUAAACUCAAUAAAAUUGUAGGUGAUACAAUAUAUCUGUCAGACAUUGACAUGAUCUCUGGCACCCCAGUGCUGGACAUCAAACCCUACAUCCCAGAGUAUGACUCUCCCCACACCAGGAUGGCCAUGGCUUAUGACACUGACACAGAUCAACCAGACGCAACUUCUGUGUCCCUAAAUGAGACAACCGCCAUAUUAAACCUCCAAAAAGACUCAGAAACAGAUGCUCUGUCAGACCUAAAAAGUGAAAGAACUGAUGAUGACGACUUUGGGAGUCUUCUCUCAAGAGACGUGUCUGAAGUUGAUAUUCCAGUAAAAGAUUCAUCUGGAGCCAGCACUCAGAUUUCCCACCACACACACCUACAGGAUGUGCUGCAGGACGUCAAGGCCUACGUGACCCAAGGUGACCUUUGUCAGGUGAAUUGUGAAAGCACCGACCACGUUGCAGACUCUCCCAAAACCGAACCAGCAGAAUCGACAGCGGACCGCCCUUGCUAUGGAGAGGAGGCCUACAGCACAAUUGCUGGCUGGAUCAGAGAGCCUCCUGUUGGGAGUCUGGAGGUGCGCUUCACCCAUCAGGCUGAGUGGGAGUUAGAACAAUUCCUUCCCUCACACCUGUCAGGACCCUGUGAGCGUGACAGACCCAGGUUCAAGUUCCUGCGUGGUCCGGAGGAAGCCUCAGCCGCCAUCAGAGGGGUGCUUUCAGCAGACCCGCGAUCGGUCUACAGGAGGACACGUUGCAGAGACAGACUAUUCUUCUUUACGCUAGACACGGCGGACAUCACCUGCUGGUUCGGACGAGGAUUUGCUGAAGUACUGCAGGUCCGGCCUGUUGAGCAACACAUUGCCUCUGUGUGAGAAACUCUUUCACUGAAUGUUUCGGAUCUGGAAAGACUCAGUUUUCAUGUGUGCAGAGGAACAAAGAGAGCCUGUUGAUGUUCCUCACCUUGACAUUUCCAGGUUUUCUGCUGACAUCUGACAUUAAGUCUGUUAAAGUAAACAACAUGAACUCACAGAAUGUAAAGAAAUGAAAUAUUCUUACCUUUUUAGCCUACUAAACACAGAAAUAUAACGGUACACCUUCUCAAUUCAAAUUUCUCUUUUACCAAACUAAGAUGAGUUUAAUUUCCAUGUUUACUCACAGGAAAACACACUUAUUUCAGAUGAGACAUAAAUUAAAUAGAACUCUCCAAAACUGUCUUGGUUUGUCUUUGCGCAAUCGCCUCUGUUUUGGUUGAAAUAAAUCCUCAGUUCACAGAGUAA